GCGACCCCUGGCGGCGCGGGGAGGGAGGCGGCCGGGGCCGAGCCCGGUGCUGCUCCGCUCCGCUCCGCUCCGCUCUGCGGGACCGAUCCUUUCCGGCGGCGGUGCGGAAAGGCCUCACUGGGCGGCGCCACCUGGCGGCCGAGGGGGUGUCUGUCUGUCCGUCCGUCCAUUCAUCCCCCCCCGCGCCGGGCCGCGGUGCCGCGGGCGGUCGGGGUGGCGGCCGCCGCGUUACCACAACCGAGGCGCGCCCUGCCCCCGUCGCCGUGGCACCCGCCGCCGCCCCUGGCCCGGCCCACGUUAUAAUCGCCGCUACAAAGGUAGCGCGAACGCGGCGCUGCCCAGAGCGGCGGGCCCGGGCCGGCGGUACCAGCUCCCGCCCCGGAGGGCUCCCGGGGGCACGGCUCGGGCCGGGACAACCAGCGCAGCCCGUCCCAAGGUCGGGGGUGAGCUGACAGCCGGCCAUGGCCGAGGGCUUGAGGCGGCUGGUCAGUGCGGAGAGCGGCCGGGUGCUGCAGGAGAAGCUGGAGAGCUGGUACCGGGAUUACGAGAUUAAUUCCUGUGAUCAGAAUCUGAACCGAUGCUGUGAAAUAAUAGAAUUGAACUCUGAGAUUCAAGGGCAGCUCUUCACAAUCCUCAAUGAAACAUCUCAAGAAGGUGGGCAUUAUGCAGGUGUGGAAACAAUAAAAACUCGUCUCCUGCCAUGGCUAGGGACUUGUUUCUCCUGUGCUACUUCAGGAAGGCUCUUUGAAACCAACCUCUCUCUCACUCAGGAUUCAAUUGAGAAAGAGAGGCAGCUGAGAGAGCUAGCCAGCAAUCAGACUUUUCAACUGCAAGAGCUGCAGGAAGAACUGACUUCAACUCGUCUACAGCUCAACCAUGUGCAGCAAGAUCUGAAGACUUCCCGUGCCCAAGAGAAGGACGCCCUGAGGAAGUUAGACCGUCUGAAUGACUACGAGCAGCAGAUUCAAAUACUGCGGGAUGAGAUUUCUAUCCUGGAUGCCCAAAAGUCUGUUCUCCAGAGCAGGCUUGCACGGAGCCGCUCUCCUUCCCCAAGGCACAGUGAGGGCAAGUCGCUUGGUGCACCUCCCCUGAGGAGCUGCUCACCUGGCCGAGCCCGACGUACGAAUGCUUCACGUCGCGCCUGCCUGGUAGCUCGCUUUGGUGACAUUUAUGCUCAAGAACGCUUGGAUGCAGAGACCCUCUUGAGGACAUAUAUCAGUGACAUGGAGAUGGUGCAGAGGAUAAUAUACAUUGCAGCUGUGGAGUCUUUUCAUGCAGCAAAGGUGGCCUACAGACAGUUCAAAAUACGUGUAAGAGACACUCUGUCUCUAGGUCACUCGGGGCCUGAGUCACUUGAAGACACUGUCCUGGAUUAUAUAGUUCGCCACGAGGAUCUGUAUGACGUUCAAGCUAGUGUCAAUGAAGUAAUUCGCUCCAUGAACAUCAACCCAAAGAUUUCAUUUCCACCAGAAAUUGAUUUCAUUGUGAUCAGCACUUUGAUUCGAGAGUUGUGCCGUGUGGCUUUUUCAAUGCAGACUCUCAUUCCUCCUCUUGAUGUUGCCUUUGGUACUGAUGGAGAACUUUUCAGUGAGAUCAAGUAUCAUCGUAGUUUUGACUCUGAUUUCACAGCUGCCUUGGUGGCCUAUCACGUGUGGCCUGCUCUGAUGGAAAAUGAUGUUGUAAUUGUGAAGGGAGAGGCAGUCACAAAAAGGGGAGCUGUGUGGUCUUGCAGAAGUAGAAGUAGAAGCCGCAGCCGUAGCACCAGUCCUCUUCUCUCUCAUCAUUUGUCUCGAAGCCGCAGUUCUUCACCACUGAGGAGCGGAAGCCCAAGGCGUUAACUGAACAUGUUCCUGUGAUUCAGUACAUCCAGAUCCAACAACUUCACUGGUGCCUUUUCUCUUCAAGAAUACCUCAAAUCUUGCAAUAAUGUGAAUGACAAUUGUCACUCCAAAUGGAGUUUGUGUUCGGUGUGUUUUUUAGAAUUAUAGAAGGCUUAUUUAUAAUUUCAGAUACUAAUUCAACCCUUCUGAUUUAAAAAAAAAAAAGUAUGUGCACUACAGGAUCAUACUCAUUUGGUUCAAUUUGCAGAGCAUCGAGGAACCCAUGCUGUAAUCCUGCAAAUGGAGUUAGAAUUAUUGCAUAUAGAAUGUUUUCCACAGAUACAAAAUGAUGCCGUUUAUCCUAAUAGGAUGUUUAAUAUAGACUAAAUGGUGAAUGUUGCAGAAUGUUGAUGUUAGAUGUUACUUGAAAAUAAUUUCAUUAAUUGGUGCUUAUUUACAGUUUUAGAAAACAGCAAUAAUCUUAGGAUGUGCCAGCCUCACAUAGCAUCCUUUGAAAUACGUCCUUGCGGUAAACUGAAUUUUCUAGCUACAGUGCAAAAGUUGCACAGGACAGUCAUAAACUACCAAUGCUCCAGCAAUCCCCAGGACUUCAUUGACAUUUACUUAUGAAAGCACAGGUGUGUGCUUUAGCAAGGGGGUAAUAAUCCUUGCUAAAAUCAUUGUUACUGAGAAAGGAAUACAAAAAUCUGUGGUUUGGAACUUAAAGUAUUUUGAAAGUGUGCCACUGACUAUUUUUAGGCUUGAAAUAUUUGCUUGAGGUGGCCUAAUUCAUAUCACUUUCAUACCAGACUGAUAGAUGAGUAAUUCUUAUGAAGACAGUGGAAAAAUCCUGUCCAGUUAUCUCUUACUGUGGGCAUUUAUUACCUUUUAAGUUUAAAAAUAAGAAUCCCAAGAGAUUUUAUUCUGUCACUUUAAAUAGUUUGUCCCCCUUGUAAAUGUUAUUUUAACAUCAGAUUUUUUGUUUUCAAGAGAACUGAUACUGUCUUUCUCUCAACCUCAUCUAUAGGGCCAGCCUUAAAUACAAGCUGCACAAGUGACAGCUUGCGACCUUGUGCUUUUACACUGAAACACAAGAUUUGUCAUAAUGGAGCUGAUGAUACAGUGGUAAUUCACCAACUGCACUGUCUCAUUCCAGUCAAUACCUGAUGCUUCAAAGGCAUGUAAUGCUUUCCCCAGAUUAAUCUCGCCAAGUCUGGAAUAUAAACAAUCAGGAAGAGGAAAAAAUUCUUUCUGCCUCCUUUCUUAAUCAGUCUAUGUGCUGGAACAUGUAAUUUCAUUAGUACUACUGUAAUAACAUAAGCAAAAAUAUUUUUAUUAGUUCUGAAACUAUUUAGUAAUUAAAAUGAAGCUACAGGAGGAAUUUUGUGAUCCCUUUCCAGGGAUCUUACGCAGAUUUACACAUUCAUGCUCUUUCUCUCUACUUCUUGUGUGGCUUACAACUUUGGCUCAGCUCUUUGGCACAGGAUCAGGUUUCAGGAGACUUUCGCAUGGGUCGCCGUAAGCCAUGGAUCAGCUGUGACUCUAGUUACACAGAUGUAUUUUUGUUGGAAUUAGGCCCGUUAGUAACCAAUGAGAGCAAAAUGAGGUCUAUACAUAGUCUUAUUCACAGAGCCACUCUGAACGAACUAAGGGGACACAAAGGCACAUGCAUGUUAUAUGGUGUACUUUCUUAUUAUUUAAGAAAGUCACAAGAGAAAAUGCAAAGCAAUAUGUUUCCUCUUCUAAGAGCCUGACUGUUGAUCACAGCUAGGGAUCUGGGCUUGAAGCAAACCUGCAUAUUUCUGCACUGAUCUCAUGACUAAAACCACAGUUCUGUUAAAACUGGCCACCUGCAACUUGUGUGGCAACAGAAGAUAGUAAGAUAUCCCAAGUAUGGUUUUGAGCAGAAAAAUGAAAAAUUUUGAGGAAUUGUAUUGUAAUUACCAAGAGCUAAAGAGAGGUAGGUUUUAUAAAAAUUAGAUAUUGUACAUUUGUGUUCUGCAUGUAAUUAGCAAGACAUUUCUGUGUUGUUAUUCUGAGUUUAAAUUUCCAUACCAACUGUGAGGAAACUCAGACUACAUCAAGAAAGUAUGUUUUUUCUUCACAAGCGUGAGAGGCAGGGUAGUUCCAGACUGGCACAUGCCUCUGAUGCCACUAUGAACUAGUAUUUCCAAAGAUCUAAAAAUGCCAUAAAAGACACAUUCUCAGUGGUUGGUGGACCAUCUCAUCUUGCUGCCCCAGCAGGUACCUAGGCAGCUAGUUAGUCUCAGAGUAAAAGAGAAAACUAAUGAAGUGACAGCCAAAGACUUGUUUUGGUAGUGAGAUAGCAGCUCUAGGGUAGUUUUUGGUGGUUGGUUGGUUUGUUUUUUCUUGGUUUUGGGGUUUGGGUUUUUUGUUGUUGUUUGUGGUUGAUUUUUUGUUUUGUUUUAUUUUUUUUACAAUGUUUCAGAGCACAGCAAAACAUUUUCAGCAAAUAGGAAGUCAGUCCACGGCAUGGUAGUACCUAGUUAGUUAAACAAACCUAGCUCUACUUAAUUGUAUACUGCAGCCCGUAGUAUUUCUAUAGGAAUAUACUGUUUUGUACUGGUUGCCUGCGCAGCUUAUUUACAGCCAAUUAAAUCUAUAGGUCAGAUAGAAGAUUGCUUUUGGUGUCAAGUUAGACACUGAUAGCUUCUGUGCUUCUUUUUAUCCACAUGACAACAGUGCAGAGAAUGCAUACCAAUGAAGUUUAUGUGGAAUUAACCAGCAAAUAUAAAAUAACUUAUCAAAAGGGACUUCUGUAAGUGCUUUUAUGAUCCUAUGAAAGAACAGAUCAUGAAUGUGAAAUUGAUGACUUGAUAUUUUAACAAGAGCUUUUAAAAUCUUACGUUUUUGGUUUGUUUUGGGGUGUUUUUUUUUUUUAAGAAGGCUAGGUUUUGAGCUGAUUUACUCUUUGCAAAUGGACUGAUGGAAGUGAGGCUGCACGGGAUGUAAAAAAGCACCACCUUUGGGCCAAGGUGUUCAUGUAGAACAGCACAUGUUUGUGGGCGAUUUUGAGGUUGCUGGAGAACUUUCUCCUACAUUUCAGCUCUUUGAAGGCUGAUUAUGUUUGUCUCAAUUCAGAGGCUGUCCCAGAGUCAGUCUAAAUGUGUGGAUGUUUUAUCACCUAUUUCUGGGAAAAUACAGUGUCAUCAGAAUAUCUUCCUCCUUUGCAUCUCAAUAACUCAUGCAGAGCUAGCAGGUACUGGGGGUAAAUAGCUCAGCUAAAUUUGCUACUGCACAAUGAAAUAUAAAUUCAGAAAUUACCUUAGAUAGAUUCCUCCAGCAUCCUGAUAGGAGAAAGUAAGUUGGGAGCAGGAGGUUGGUGGAGUCCUCCAGUCUAAUCUGGUUGGCAGUGAGUUGUGGUGCUGAUUCAGUCUUGUAGGAAGCUGUGGAGAUGAGGGGUAAGUGAAAGCAAAAAUACUCUACAGCCUGAAAAAAGUAGAUGUGAAGGCUGAAAAUUAUCAAAAUGCUCCUUGGAAAAUGUAUGCCUGUACAUCCUCCAGAUUCUGAGCCUUUUAACUUUUAUAUUGCACGUAUGUACUGCAAAAGUUUGUCAUGCCAUAAAGGUGCCAUCAGAAUUAAAUACUGUCUAUCAGCUUUAUGUAAGACAUAAAGCUGCUUUUGAUUGGUGUUAACUACACAAUGAUUUUCUUACUCUAGCAUUAAAUAGUCAAGCUUUAUUUUAAAGAAAUAAAAACGUGUUUGUUAUGGCUUGCAGCUAUA